GAAUCUUGUAACUUCUUAUAAUUAUUGUUGUCUUGUAAAAUACAAAAAAGUUUUUUUUUUGAAUAAAGUUUUAAAUGAAAUUUAAAUAUGUUUCCAAAAUUUGAUAAAGUUUGCCGAACAUGUUUGGCUUCUGAUCCUAGCAAUGAUCUUAUAUCAAUCUUUAAUUUAGAGGAAUCAGAAGCCUAUAACAAUUACAUUACAUUUUUCCCAGAGAUAAUAGAAAGUCUAACAAAUACAAUGCCCGAAAAAUUCGAUGGCUUACCAGAGGUGGUAUGCCUUCCUUGCUGUAAUGCCAUGAAGAAUAUUCACUUUUUCAAAAUGAAAUGCAUCAACUCGGAAAGUGUGCUUAGGAAAGUCCUGAUGCAGACGGAUAAAGAAAGUGUUAUGCCUUCAAAUGAUGUCGCAGCUACGAAUGAUAUCUACCACGAAGAGAAUCCGGUAUACAAAGUAGAAAAUAACCAAGAUCUUUCUUCUACAUCUUUUACAAUUAUAAAAUGCGAAGAACCUGAUUAUUACUCUUCAUCAAUCGAAAACCAAACUGUUGAGGAAAAACCGGGAAAUAUGCUCCCAGAGGUAAACCAUAGAACUUUUGAAAACAACGAAAGCCAUACAAUGGAAGGCAUUGUUAUCAAGGAAGAAAAAGAAGAAAGUCUAAACUAUGAGCUUGGUGAAAUAAAAACAGAAAUUUUAGAAGAGCCCAAUACUGAUAUAGAUGAAGAAAAUCAAAGUCUUGAUCCGACCAUGAGUGAGGAAGAGUAUGAUCAAAGCUAUGCAUCGGAUGUUAAACCAGAAUUAAGUGAAACAAAUACAAAUGAAGGCAAAAGUUUGAAAGUUCAGGACAAAAAAGUUAAAAAAAAUAAAUCCAAUCUUGAGUGCCCAAAAUGCCAUAAAUCGUUUAUGCACCUAGCCCGCUUGAAGCGACACAUAAAGACAAACACCUGUGUGGAUCACAUUCCCAGCAACGGAAAGUUAAUUUUUGCAUGUUUAACAUGCGGCAAAGCAUACAAUCGUCAAUUCAGUUUGCAACGUCAUUGUUUAGCAAGCCACAAACAAGUUCUGACGAAAGAUAUCAUCGCGGAAAGUAAAGAGUUUCAUAGUGAAAAGAGCACAGAUGCAAAGAAGGAAGAUGGAAAUCCAGAAAAUACACCUUCUUCACCCAUCCAAACAAAAAACAACGAGAUCAAUAGCAUUGAAGCGAUGCGCCAGUGCAAUAUAUGCAAAGAAAUAUUUAAAAAUGAUGAGGCUCUGGCAGAGCACAAGGUUCUGGCACAAAAAUAUAAACUUCAUCACACAGAAAAACCACACAUUUGCGACAUAUGCCAAAAAGGUUUUAGUUACAGUCACAAUCUCAAGAUUCAUCUUAUGACUCACAAAGAAAUAAAGCCCUUCAAAUGUGAACAAUGUAAUCAAAGAUUUGUGAGGAACUCAUGCCUAAAUAGACACUUGAAGACCCAUACUGGUGAUCGGCCUUUUAGUUGUGAAUUCUGUAGCAAAAGAUUUCCUUUUAUGUUUGCAUUAAAAAUUCACGAACGUUCCCACACCGGAGAACGGCCCUAUUCUUGUACUAUUUGUUCGAUGAAAUUUAAAUUUGCCAACACUCUCAAAGACCACCAAAGAAUACAUACCGGUGAAAAACCACACGCUUGUAAAUUAUGUCCACGAAAACUUUCGAGUAAGGCAAAUUUAAGGAUUCACAUGCGAACUCAUGAAAAUAAAAAUGAAAACAUCGACGUAAACAUCAACAUGGCAAUGAAAAUAAAAAAAGAAAAAAAUGAUGUCCAUGAAAACGAUUGUGGUAUGGAAUAUAGAACUUUUAUGGCACAAAAUUGUGUAGAGGAAAACGAGAAUGAUUUAAUCGAUAAUUCUCAAUCUAAUGAUUAUGAUACAAAUUAUCUGAUGCAUUCCACUGAAAAUAGAUCUCAAACAAAUGAAGUGCAAAGCGGGCAAAUUACUCCUGGACCUGAUGACAGUAGGGUGGAAAUUUUUUCGAUAAUGGAAAUCGAGGACACAAAUAUCAAAAAAGAACCUUUAGAAAAUCAAGGCUUGAAGAAGAACCAAUGUUGGGUUUGCCAGAAAGUUUUUCGAGGUAAAUGUCUCCUCGAGAUACACAUGCGCGUACACACUGGUGAAAAACCAUUUAACUGCAAGUUAUGUGGAAAAAACUUCCGACAGAAAGCUGCUCUCAAAACGCAUUUAUUAAAUCACACGAAAAUCAAACCAUUUAAAUGUGAUCAAUGUGAACGAGCUUUCGCCGCCCAAAAAGAUCUCACAUCUCAUUCUCUGAUUCAUUCCUGUGAAAGACGAUUCCAUUGUGAAAUAUGCAAUAGAUCGUUUAUAUCUGAGAAAACAUUAAAAUAUCACAGAGCUCGACACACCAGAGGAUAUCCGUUUGGAUGUGAUAUUUGUGAGAUGCGCUUUUGUUAUAUGCAUCUUUUACGGCGCCACAUGCUCACACACACCGGUGAGAAACCCUACAAAUGUAAAUAUUGUGAUAAAGGAUUUCGGCAGAGACACGAAUCUGUUGUUCAUAUGCAAACGCACCCCGAAGCCAAUUCAGACAAAGAUAAGCCAUCACUGCAACAAGUACUUGAACUUAUAAGCUCCUUGCCGAGAGAAGGAGAUAUGUGUGAGUCCAAAGAUCAGCCACUAGAAUCCUCUAAUAUAAUCAAUGGCUAUCAAUUCACUGAAACUGAAUCGCCACCGAUUUUUUCCAUAGAAGAACUUAACCCAAAUGAUGAAGAAAAAGGACAUGCGUCAACUGAUAACGAAACAAAUUUACACAACGAAGAUAUUAAAACUAAUUUGGAGUUUUCAGAAAUAAAAGUUAAACAGGAACCCAUGACUAUGGAGCUUGUUAAAAAAUUCAUUUGCAAAUGUUGUGGGGCUCGCUUUGCAUUGCAAAAUACACUAAGUCAUCAUGUGCGACAAAAUAAGUGUUCUCAAGAGCAUUUUACAUGUCCAAAUACUAAUUGUAAUAGGGUGUUCGCCUCUCAGGAUAAACUCGAUGCACAUGUUCUUACUCACACGUAUUGUGAUCUAUGCGGACAAUCGUUUAGUAGUAGCGAAGAAAUCGAAGCACAUAAAGCAGAACAACAUAAUUUGAAAGUAAAACAUCCUUGUCCGCAUCCUAAUUGUAAUAAAGCUUUUUAUAAAGGCGGUCAACUCGAAAAGCAUAUAGAAACUCAUAACAUCAAAAAAGAAUUCCAGUGCACACUUUGCGAUAAGAGCUUUCAUCGAAAAUUCUAUCUCACACAACACAUGAACCGUCACACAAAAACGCGCCCCUUCAAAUGUGAACAAUGUUCAAAAGCGUUUUAUAGUUCGGGAGAACUUCAAAGGCAUAUUAUGCGGCACACUGGUGAUCGUCCGUUUCCAUGUGAUAUAUGCGAAAAAACAUACCCUUUAGCCAGUGAACUGAGAGUUCACAAACAAUCACAUUCGGGCGAAAGACCCUUUGCUUGUGAAUUUUGUCCCAUGCGAUUUGGAUUUGCAAACGUUCUUAGAAAACAUCUUAUAACGCACACUGGUGAAAGGUCAUUUAAAUGUAACACUUGUGGCCGAGGGUUUGUGCAUAAACAAAAUUGCGAAGACCACAUGAAAACACAUUCGGGAGAGAAAGAAUAUGGCUGUGAAAUCUGUGAAGCAAGAUACUAUACAAAAGAUUCCUUAAGAAAACAUAUGCGAAAAAAUCACAAAAAUAUUACUCUUGUUGAGGAUAGUGCAAUUGAAACUAUGAAUUAGAAAUUCAUAACGGUUUUUUUUUAAUUAAGGGCGCUGCAACUUUAUUUUUGAAACAAAACAAAAACGUAUAAAAUAUUUUAAAAAAAAGAAAGUAUUAUGUGUUCAAGAACAUUUAGUGGCAAUUAUGUAUGGAAUUCAGUUUCCUUCGUAUGACCUCAUCUAUCAUUGCCUAAAAGCGUAAAAUCAAAUGAACGAGGCGGCUACUUGAGUACGGAUUGAAUUCUUGUAAUAAGGAGCUCACCACACUUACUCUUCAGUAAAUCGAAUGUAACUUAUGCUGUCUGACUUGUGACAAUGUCCUGUUGACAAAUGAAAAAUUGACCUGAUCUAUACUUUGCGAUUGAGGCCACACUAUCAACACUUAUCGUGCAUCUAAUCAACACCAAUAAGUGAUUUAUUCAGGAUGUAAUUGUAAAAACUCAUCAAAAUCUCGCUACAGAAAAAUCCAAUGUAAAUACUAUUUUGUCUUGAUGCAUAGAUUUGAGGUACCUUUUUAUUUGAAGUUAUUGGCAAUAAUUGGGCAAUGGAAUAUAUAACUUAUUAUUGUCAAUAUCAUCAGCAAAGUUUCUUAUUGUUUUAUUUCUAUAAUAUUACGCGCACAUAAAUUAUAAAUUUAACUAAAAUAAAUGCAAUAUUAAUUGAAUAAUAAAUAAAUUAAGUUAUUGAAAUUGAGACCGUUAGGUCUGUUUUUUUUUUUUUUUUAAUUUAAGUAGAAAAUAUAAAUCAGCCGUACAUUAAAUUCCCAAAUUUUGGCUCUAUAGUAUUUUCCUCCUUCCAAUUUACUUACGUUCCAGUUUUUGACAACGGUUUUAGGACUCAAGGUUAUUGCAACAAGCUUUCACACUUCGAAACCUAUUGAUGUAUUAUAAUACAGAGUUGGGAAAAAACGGU